AUGCAGGGCUCCGCAGAUUCAAAUUACUCUCAGCCAUCUUCCGAUUUAUCGCUGGACGAGGAAAAGGAAACUGUGCGGCGGGAGAAGGAGCGCCAUGCCCUUAAUCAGCUGGAAAAGGCCCGACAAAAACCUGUGGCCUUUGCGGUAAGAACGAACGUGAGUUAUGAUGGUUCGGUGGAUGAUGAUUCCCCUGUACACGGUACCGCCAUUUCUUUUGCUAUGAGAGAUUUUCUUCAUAUAAAGGAAAAAUAUGAUAAUAAUUGGUGGAUCGGACGGCUGGUCAAAGAAGGGAGUGAUGUCGGCUUCAUCCCGUCGCCUGUAAAACUUGAAAAUCUUCGACUACAGCAAUCAGCAACAGGAGCAUCUAAGUUAUAUACCUCAAAAACAUCUUCCUCAAACAAUUUAGGUGCGCCUCUGAGUGAAAUUCCCCAAAUUUUGGGCUCUAACCCUUCCGCCCCUGGGGAAGAUACAGAAUCUGUAGCCGGUGGAAGAUUAUCGAAAAAUACACUAACAACGCCUCCAGCGAAAGAGAAAAGAAAGCCUUUUUUUAAAAAACAGGAAAAUACGACACCCUACGAUGUCGUACCGUCCAUGAGACCUGUGGUUCUGGUAGGUCCUUCGCUCAAAGGUUACGAAGUAACGGAUAUGAUGCAAAAAGCUUUAUUCGAUUUUCUUAAACAUCGAUUCGAGGGAAGAAUAAUAAUUACCAGAGUUAUGGCAGACAUAUCACUUGCGAAGAGAUCAUUGCUCAACAAUCCGGCAAAAAGAGCGAUCAUGGAGCGAAACAAUGCACGCUCCACUUGUUUAGCAGAAGUUCAAGCGGAAAUAGAACGAAUAUUUGAGCUUGCGAGAACUUUGCAGUUGGUAGUACUUGACUGUGAUACGAUAAACCAUCCUUCUCAACUUGCAAAAACUUCACUGGCGCCAACGAUUGUUUAUCUUAAGAUAACAUCACCAAAAGUUCUUCAAAGGUUAGUUAAAUCCCGUGGAAAAUCACAAACGAGGCAUUUAAACGUUCAAAUGGUUGCCGCCGAAAAACUAGCACAAUGUCCUCCGGAAAUGUUUGACGUCAUAUUAGACGAAAAUCAAUUGGAGGAAGCUUGCGAACACAUUGCCGAAUAUUUAGAAGCAUAUUGGAGAGCUACGCAUCCACCUGUCGCGGCCAUUAAUCAUUCUGCUGCUGCUGCUUUGGCAUCAUCGGUUCCUAGACCGGUUCCUAUGCAACCCUCACCGCAAACCCCGAUGGGUGCCGAACACGGUGGUGACAUAGUUCGAGUUAAUUCAACAUCUCCAGGUAUACACCUCGACCCAUACGAUUACGAUUAUGAGCCAAGAGGUUACAUGUAUGGUAAAUCUCAUCCGAGAAGUUACGGACGUUCUAGAUUGGAAAAAGAUAGAUCCGCGGAAUAUGACGAUUACGGUGAUAGAAGAGACGGAUCGCAUUCUUAUUCGUACAGGCACAGCGAUCACGGUCAGAGUCAUAAUAUAUCUCAUCAUCAACAACAACAGCAUCACCAUCAGCCACAUCAUCAGCCACAGCAUCAUCAUCAUCAACAACAACCACUACAUCAUCAUCAUCACAGCGGGGCAUAUUUGAGAGAACAAUAUGCGUCGAGGGAAAACGGAAGUAGCGAAGAACGAUAUUAUCCGGAUGAUAAAUACGGUCACGGUGUCAGGUAUCGGGAAACCGAAGAUAGACAUAGGAAAAAAGAUGAUGAAGAAGAUGAGGAAAACGAUUAUCAUUCUCCUCAUCCGACAGCUAAAAGGCCUUUAAAUGCCAUCUAG